UGUGAAUAUACGCAAUUAACAACUGCCAACACAAAUAAAUUAUGGGAAUUUCUUAGAGAAUAUUUAAAACUAUUUAUUAUUAGAGAGUUUUCUAUGCAAUUUUAGUUUUAAAAUGCAAAAAGCCAGCGGAAAAGAAACCUAUCUUAUCACAAAUACUCUCAACUGUUUACCCUUUCUGCUGGACGGUCAUUCAGUUUUGAUAGAUUUGCGAAACGAAUCAUCUGUGGCCGGACGUAUUGAUGCCACUGGAACUGAUGGUUUUAUGAAUAUCCACUUAAUAGAUGCAGUGUUUAUAGAUAGAUAUGGUCUUCAAUAUCCCUUCGAACAGUUUAUGGUACGUCCACGUAUGAUACGUCAAAUACAUUUACCAGCACAUUUAGAUGCUGAAAGCGCCAUACGUGAUUGGCUGGACCACGGUCGGAAACCGAUCAGGAAGGCGCCACAACAGCGAAAGGGAAAGAUGACAUUUAAAGAAAAACGCGCCAAGCAAAAACACAUAGAGGUUUUGAAUGAAAUAUCAAAAAACCAAAAAUGAUAUUAGCGGCUAAGAAAAUUAAUAAUUUUGUAAACAGUUAAUUUUUUUUAUGUUUUUUAUUUUUAAUACAAAAGCACUUUAUUUAGUAUUUAUACGUAUAUUGACAAUAAGUACUGCAUAUAAACCAAGCCUUGAAGUUAAGAGAAAAUAAAAAAUGAUGAUUCUUUAAAUCAGUAAUUCAAAUAAA